UAAAUGACACAACCCGACACUGCUGGGCUUCGUUUACAAAGAAAUAAUAAGAUGGGAGAGAAUGAAGCCAGUUCACCUAACACAUCUUUACAAGGUAAAAAGAUGGCUUAUCAGAAGGUCAAUGCAGAUCAAAGAACUUCUGGCCACUCACAGUAUUUAGACAAUGAUGACCUUCAAACCACUGCCCUGGACUUAGAGUGGGACAUGGAAAAGGAAUUAGAGGAGCCUGGUUUUGACCAGUUCCAACUAGAUAAUGCUGAGAAUCAGAAUCUGGGACACUCAGACGCCUCAGAUCUCCAUCUUGAUUGUAUUCAACCAGCAACUUCACCUAAAGGAAGGUUCCAGCGACUUCAAGAAGAAUCUGACUAUAUUAGCCACUAUACAAGAUCUUCACCAAAGAACAGCCGUGGCAGUGUUUGUCACUUUUUAAAAUUGCUUACCAUAGCUACAGUUUUAUUUAUUUUUGGAAUUUUGAUAGGCUAUUAUACACAUGCAAGCUGCCCUUCAGAUGCCAUAUCUUCAACAACCAAUGAGCCUCAGUUAUACCAAGAGAUUCUCAAAACAAUCCAGGCAGAAGAUAUUAAGAAGUCUUUCAGGAACUUGGUACAACUUUAUCCAAGUGAGGAUGACACAGACAUUUCAAAGAGAAUUAAGACUCACUGGACUUCGUUGGGUCUAGAAGAUGUGCAGUUUGUCAAUUACUCUGUGCUGCUGAGUCUGCCUGGCGCUUCCCCCAGCACUGUGACCCUGAUCCCCAGUGGUCAGUGCUUCCUUCCUUCUGGCCAGCCUUGCAACCAAGAAGACAGAAAAGACAACAGCCAAAACAUGCUCUACUCCUACGCUGCCUAUUCUGCCAAAGGAACUCUCCAGAUUUCCUUGUUGGAAAAGGCUGGAUUUGGAGGUGUUCUUCUAUAUAUUGAUCCUUGUGAUUUACCAAAGACUGAAAAUCUUAACCAUGACACUUUCAUGGUGACCCUGAACCCUGGAGGAGACCCUUCCACACCUGGUUACCCGAGCAUCGAUGGGAACUUUAGACAAAGCAGGACAAACCUCACCUCCUUGGUAGUACAGCCCAUCUCUGCCUCCCUGGUGGAAAAACUGAUCUCGUUGCCAGCAGCGACAACCAACAAGAAUCUCUGUACCCCUCUAGAACUUCCACAGAAAGAGAAAAGAAUUAUCCGCCUGCAAGUACAAACAGUUACAAAGUUUAAAACCGUCUCUAAUGUUGUUGGAUAUGUCAAGGGCCUAAUAUCCCCAGACCGAUAUAUUAUAGUUGGGAGCCAUCAUGAUAGUGGAUUCACUUAUAUUGGACAAGAAUGGGCCAGUAGCACUGCUGUGAUCACAGCUCUGAUUCGAUCAGUGAUGCUGAGAGUGAGGAGAGGAUGGAGACCAGACCGCACCAUUGUUUUCUGCUCAUGGGGAGGAACAACGCUGGGAAACAUUGGUUCCUAUGAAUGGGGAGAGGAUUUCCAGAAAGUUCUUCAAAAAAAUGUUGUGGCUUAUAUUAGUCUCCAUAGUCCAGUCAGGGGCAGCUCCAGUCUCUACUCUGUAGCAUCACCUUCACUUCGGCAACUGGCAGUAGAGAAAAUUAAGUUCAACUGUACCAGAAGAGCACAUUGCUGGGAGAACAAUGUCAGUUCUGUACAGAUCCAAGGUGAUGCCCAGUACUUCAUCAACAAUCUUGGAAUUCCCACUGUGCAGUUCGUGUAUGAGGACAAGAAGGCCUUGGAGGGUCCAAGUUUUCUCUCUGAGGCCAUUUUUCCUAAGCCUGCAACAAAAAUUGAAGAAACAGAUCCUUUUUUCAACUUUCAUACAACAAUUGCCAAGCUCUCCGGGGAAGUGCUUUUGCAAAUUGCCAGCGAGCCAGUUCUUCCUUUUAAUGCUCUUGAUAUAGCUUUAGAAGUGCAAAACAGACUUAAAGGUGAUCAGCCUUGUACUCAUCAGCUGCUAGACAUGGCCUCACGCCUGCGGGAGAGUGCUGAACUCUUCCAGUCAAAUGAGAUGCGACCAGCUAACGACCCCAAGGAGAGAGCCCCCACCCGUGUCCGCAUGCUGAAUGACAUCCUCCAAGACAUGGAGAAGAGCUUUCUGGUGCAACGGGUGCCACCGGGGUUUUACAGAAACAUCCUGUACCGCAUGGAUGAGAAGACACCACAGUUCUCAGUGCUCCUGGAGAUCCUGGAGCACUGCGAGUCACAGCCAUCAAAUGAAACCUUCCAAGCCACCAUAUCAGAUGUGUGGAGCAGCAUUAAUUCAGCUCAGGUGUACUUCAAAGCAGGACUCCAUGUGUUCGAGAGUGUCUUGGAUGGAAAGAACUGAGAAAACUCUUCUAUUAAAAAAACAACUGUUUACAAUUCUGCAAGCAAAAGCUCUAAUCUGACCAGAUUUUCUGACAUUGAAGACUUUUUUCCAAUUGCUUUUCUUAUUAUUCCAAUGUAUUUUUAAUGAACAUAUGAAACACAUUUUGCACAUUUGAUAUUCAUAUAUCUAUUUCUGAAUA